AUGGAAGCGCCGCCGCCGACGGAAACCGGUGUUAGUUCCGGGACCGUACAGAGGGCCAUCGCCGCUCUUCAGGCAUGGCGAGCUACCAAGCUGAAGACCCAGAAAGCUCAACUCCUAGAACAGGACGAAUUCAUGUACGUUGUUAUCUCUCUCAAGAAGAUCCCGGAAAAGGGCGUCGGCCGAGUCAAGCCGUACAAAGUCAGUCUCCCUCACCCCCUGACAAACCCUGAAGACGGAAGCUCCGAGCUCUGCUUGAUCAUCGACGACAGACACAAAUCUGGUCUCACCAAGGAAUCCGCCAAGAAGAAGAUCGAUAACGACGGGAUCCCCAUCUCCAAAAUCAUCAAGCUUUCCAAGCUCAAGACCGAUUACCGCCCCUUCGAGGCGAAGAGGAAGCUCUGCGACUCGUAUGACUUGUUUCUGGCCGACAGAAGGGUGCUCCCUUUGCUGCCUAAGAUGUUGGGGAAGGAGUUCUUCAGGAAGAAGAAGAUUCCGGUGCCGAUUGAUUUGAAGCACAAGGGUUGGAAGGAGCAGAUUGAGAACGCCUGUGGCUCUGCUCUAGUAUUUGUCAAGACUGGUACCUGUAGUGUUGUGAAGGCAGCGAAGCUCUCGAUGGAGAAAGAUGAGAUUGUGGAGAAUGUGAUGGCUACCAUUAAUGGGGCUGUUGAGAAGAUUGUGCCUAAGAAGUGGGGUGGUGUUAGGUCUAUUCACUUGAAGCUGCUCGAUAGCUUGGCUUUGCCUGUUUACGAGGCAGUUCCAGAGUUGAAGUUGAAGAUCGAAGGUCAGAAAGUGGAGUUAGAAGAGGAGACGGAGAAGGAGCUGGAGAGAGAGAAUCUCGAGGAGGGGAAAACUGGGAAUAAGAAGAAGAAGGGGAGAAUUAGUGAGAUUAGGUAUAUGGACACCAAUGGCGAUGCUGAAGUUGAUGGUGAGGAACUGGCAAGUGAUGGUGACGAGGAGACAGAGACUGGUGGGAUUGAUGAAGUUGUAGUUAAGAAGAGGAAAAAGGGACUUAAACAGGGAAGUGAGAAGAGGGCCAAGAAGGUUUCUAAAGUGAAGAAUUUGGAUGGCGCCGCCAAACGAAAGAAGGAUGUCAGUAAUGGGACAAAUGAGGCAGCCAUCAAGCUAAAGAGGAAGAAGAAAGUGUGA